UCGAGAAGGAAGCUAGCUAGCUAGCUAUCCAUCCUCGCGGCGAAGGCAAGCGGAUAAGGGGCGGGACGCAGCACCCGGCGAAGGCCUCUUCCUUCUUCUAGAAGCUUCCGCGCCUCCUCCCCUAGUCUCCAAUGGCGCCCUCCCUCCUCGCCGCCGCCUCGCCCUUCCUCCUCCACGGCAGCAGCCGCGUGCCGCUCGCCGCCGCCGCCGCCGCCCCUGCCCGCCGCGCCGUUCUGCGCGUGGCCGCGCUCAAGUACGACACUUCCGAGGUGGCGCCGCAAUCCGACCGGGUGCUCGUCCGUCUCCAGCAGAUCCCUGAGAAAUCUGCUGGAGGUGUAUUGCUACCGAAAUCUGCUGUUAAGUUUGAGAGAUAUUUGAUGGGGGAGAUAUUGUCUGUCGGUGCUGAUGUUAGUGAAGUUGAAGCUGGAAAGAAGGUUCUGUUCUCAGACAUAAAUGCUUACGAGGUGGACCUGGGUACUGACGAGAAGCACUGCUUCUGCCGAGAGUCCGAUCUAUUAGCCGUUGUCGAAUGAUUUUUAUUCUGAAAUUUGAAUGACAUGUGCCUAUGCUUCGAUGCGUUUCCCGAGUGUACACACUUGGCCUUUGUUGUCUGCCAUUUGAUGUGCGUGAAUUCAACAUCCUGAUGAGUGUUAGUUGCCAUUGAAUUUUAGCCGCUGUAAACUGGGAUUAUGUUUAUCUUCAAUUCAUUUAAACUUCUCUUUUA